CGGCGCUGCUGGCUGGCCGGGGCCGAGAAUGGCGGCGGAGCGGCUGAGCUGGUGGGAGCGCCCCGAGCGGCCCUUGGCGCCUCUCAGCGAGCGGCAGCGGGACUCGGUGCUGGAACUGCGCGGGGCCUCGCCGGGGCUGCCCCUUCCGCCCGAGCUACCCAUAGAAGAUUUAAAUAGCCUUGUCCAGCCAUCGUUAACAGUCACGCUGACAGCCACAUUGCCAGAGUCUACAGAGAACAUUCUCUUGAAAGGAUUCUCUUCUUUUGGUAUGGAAAAUGAAAGAAUUGAAACGGCACAGCAGUUCUUCUCCUGGUUUGAUCAACUUCAUACACAGAUGGAUCAAGAUGAGGAGACCAAAUACCGGCUGGCCAGGGCAGCUUAUUCUGGAUUUGAAGAGCAGUGUGAUGCCAUACUGAACGAUGUGAAUUGUGCUCUUCAGCACCUUAAGUCACUGCAGGAACAAUACCUCUUUGUCUCAACCAAAACAGGAACCCUGCAUGAAGCCUGCGAGCAGCUGUUAAAAGAGCAGUCAGAGCUCGUGGACCUGGCAGAAAAUAUCCAUCAGAAACUGUCUUAUUUCAUUGAACUGGAAAAUAUUAAUACAAAAUUGAAUUCGCCUACACUGUCUGUUAGCAGUGAAAGUUUCAUCCCGAUGCUGAACAAACUGGACGACUGCAUAGCCUACGUUUCCUCCCAUCCAAAUUUUAGGGACUGCGCUGUGUAUUUGGCAAAGUGCAACCAGUGUCUUUCUAAAGUGGUGCAUCUUAUAAAAGCAUACACAGUGAACACCCUACAGAACCUCACGAAUCAGUUAAUGAAAAGGGAUCCUUUGGUGGCUCCAAAUUCAGACAACGCCUUUACCUUGUUUUAUGUGAAGUUCAGAGCUGCUGCACCCAAAGUCAGGACACUUUUUGAACAAAUCGAGCAACGAUCUGAGAAAAUGCCGGAAUACCGGCAACUAUUAAAUGAAAUCCACCACUGUUACCUUAAUCAGAGAGAACACUUAUUGGGGCCCAGUAUUACCAGCACUGUCACAGAAUUAACUAACCGAAACAACAGAGAUCAUUGUGCUCUGGUACGAAGUGGCUGUGCCUUCAUGGUUCAUGUCUGCCAGGAUGAACAUCAGCUUUUUGACGAGUUCUUCACAAAACCAACACCCAAACUGGAUGAGCUCCUGGAAAAGCUCUGCUUGUCUUUAUACGACGUCUUCAGGCCACUGAUCAUCCACGUAAUCCAUUUGGAAACUCUCUCUGAACUCUGCGGGAUCCUCAAAAAUGAAAUGUUAGAAGAUCAUGUGCAAAACAACAGUGAGUUGAAACAGCUGGGUGCUUUCGCUGCUGGAGUGAAGCAGAUGUUGGAGGACGUUCAAGAGCGGCUGGUUUACAGGACUCACAUCUACAUUCAGACGGACAUUCUGGGCUAUAAGCCUGCCCCCGGGGACCUGGCCUAUCCUGCCAAGUUGGAGAUGAUGGAGCAAAUUGCACAGAGCUUAAAAGAGGAAGAGAAGAAGUGGCCUGCUGAGGCUUCCUUGUCAGCUGCAAAGCAGGAAGAGCCAGACAGCUGCAGCGAGGUAAAACUUGAUACGCUGGAACCUUGCAGUCCUAGAGCCCAUAAUGUGGUGUCCCCUGCGGAUCUCCACGGGAUGUGGUACCCUACUGUGAGGAGGACCCUGGUCUGUCUCUCCAAGCUUUACAGGUGCAUUGAUGGAACGGUCUUCCAAGGAUUGUCGCAGGAGGCGCUAUCGGCCUGCAUACAGUCGUUGUUGGUGGCUGCAGAUUCUAUUGCUAAAAGCAAGACUCAAAUCGACGGACAGCUUUUUCUGAUAAAGCACCUUUUGAUUCUUCGUGAGCAAAUUGCUCCCUUCCACACUGAAUUCACAAUUAAGGAAAUCUCGCUGGACCUGAAGAAAACCAGAGCUGCUGCCUUUAAAAUCCUGAAUCCCAUGACCGUCCCCCAGUUCUUCAGGCUAAGUAGCAGCAAUGCAAUCAUACAGUUCCUGCUGGAGGGCACGCCAGAAAUAAGAGAGCAUUAUAUCGACUCUAAGAAGGACGUGGACCGACACCUGAAGCUGGCUUGCGAGCAGUUCAUUCAGCAGCAGACUAAACAGCUGGUCGAACCCCUGCAGGAAUUUCUGUCAAAAGUUUCAGCCUUGACCGCAGUGGCUUCUCAGAGGGGUCCUAAGUACAAUCUCUCGCAGCAGCCUUGGGCCCAACCAGUGAAGAUCAAUGACUUGGUGUCAUCAACCUACAAGAGAAUAAAAACAAAGCUGCCGCCAACCUUACAGAGUAUGUCGCUUUAUUUGUCCAAUAAGGACACCGAAUUCAUCUUGUUCAAGCCCGUUAGGAACAAUAUCCAGCAAGUGUUUCAAAAGCUGCAUGCCGUCUUAAAAGAGGAAUUUAGCAAUGAAGAUCUCCAGAUCAUAGCUUGUCCAUCAAUGGAACAGGUAAACCUCCUUUUGUCAGUAACAAAGUAAUAACCUGGUAGCCAGACCGCACAACGCUGCUUCCUACCAUCCAUGGUGGUCGGAGGCCACCAGUGUGGCUGCCCUUCGAAUGGCUUUCUCAUCGCUCGAAGGUGGUGAAGAGUUACUGUUGCUGUUCUGCAAAUUCAGAAGCAUUCCUGAAGAUUGGUAAAAGCCGCCUCUUUCCCUGGGGGCAGCUACCAUCAUGAAAACAGCCCUCCUACUUGAUGGAAUUCCUCUGCUCCAUUUUGUAUCCAGAGAAGAGCUACUUUUCCAAAUUCCUUAAAAUAAUUUGGAACAACCCCCGUUUGGAGAAUGGGUGCUUUUUAUUCAUAAACUGUACAUCAGGACCACUUUGAAGUGUAUCUACAAGCCUUCCCACAAAAUUCUUAGUAAUAUUGCCAAUAAUGAGGACUAUUGUUCAUAGAUGUCAACAAAUCAUCAGACUUCGUAGAGUGUAAGUGGUAAUGGUGAAUUUAUGGAAGAUGCCAUGUAAUCAGAUGGUUGGAUAGGUAUAGCACUUAAUCUACUUUGAGACAUCAGUGGGGUUUUUUCUCCAUACUGACAAAUGCUGUCAUUGUUCUAUUUUUAUUCCUUGCAAAUCGAUUUCCUUGCCUUAAAAUUAUGUCUACAGGUUAUGCGGAAAAUAUGGUGCAAUGGUAAUAAAUUCCUGUUUAAUAUGUUAUGACUGAACUAAAAUUAAUAUGUGGAAAAUGUGAUGUGGAAAGAUUGGGAGAAUGGAGUAUGUAAUUGAAGUGUAAAGCUGCAAGAUCUAGUGCAAAAAUAGAAGCAAACACUUAUUUUUUUCCAUAAUUAAAUCUUUACUUGAAUUAGAGCAGUGUGUUUGUUACUGUGAAGUUACAAAAAGACAUGCCUUUUCUAUAAAUUGAUUGUUGUGCAUUUCUGCCAGGCAUGGAGAAGUUGUGAAGUUAGUAUUUUACAUCUAGUAUGUAGUGUAUCAUAAAUAAGAUUAAAAAAAUUAUAUUGUUCAGGGAACCCAGAUAAUUUUUAAAUGAGGUCUGUUUAAAAUAUUGGUAUUUAGAAAAUAAAAUACUAAAAGUUUUGCAGAAUCCAAAUCCAGACUUUGUUCUGAAUUACUCUGUUUAAUAUUAGACUCAAACUGUUUUAAAAAUCUUGUAUUUCAAUUCUUUAUGGAGAUAAAUUAAUUUUAAAGAACUGAAAUCAAUGUUUGUAAGCAUUAGAAAAUAAGUGGCAUCAGAUUUUAUUCUAAUCCACAUAUUGGUAUCCUAGUUAAGUGAAAAACACAUAUGUAAAAUAAUCAGCUGUGAAUUUUGAGUACAGAGAUUUUCAAUCGAAUAGAAUGUGAAUAGGUAUAUUGUAUUUUAAAGAAGUUGGAAGUGGGUAAUUUAAAUGCUUUACUUUCUAAAACAGAAGUAUCUUCUAUUACAAACAUUAACAUUAUUUUAUUAUUCAGUGGCUUUUCAAAUCACAGAAUAAAUAUAACCUGUACAGAUAGUCAGCUAAAUAAACAAUGUAUAUAAUUUUUCUAA